AUGUUUCCGCCAUGGAGAGCGAAGAGCUUGCUUGGAGCUCUGCUCUUGUGUAGCUCACGACUCGCACAAUCUUUGCGAUAUGAUCCAAAUGAGACCGAUUGGAACUUGAACACUAACCAAGCUGCAUCCAAUCCUCUGGACUAUUCUGGAACGUGGCAAGAUCAUACCUUCCAUCCGUCACCCGACAACUGGCGGUUUCCGUUCUAUACAUUGUUCCUCGACCGGUUCGUCAACGGAGAUCCAUCCAACGAUAACGCAAAUGGUACACUCUUUGAGCAAGAUGUCAUGGGCACGACGAUGCGGCAUGGAGGAGAUUUGGCAGGCCUGGUAGACACGUUGGAUUACCUUCAAGGCAUGGGUAUCAAGGCAUUGUACAUCGCUGGAGCGCCAUUUCUUAACUUGCCCUGGAAGUCAGAUGGUUACUCCCCACUUGACUUCACCCUGCUUGAUCACCACUUUGGCAAAAUUGCCGACUGGAGAGCUGCGGUUGAAGAGAUUCACAGACGUGGAAUGUACGUCGUUCUGGACAACACAUUCGCAACCAUGGCUGAUCUUAUUGGCUUCGACGGCUUCCUCAACGAAUCCACACCUUUCGUCCCCGAAGAACAUGAAGUGAUGUGGAAGAGCGAUCGUCAGUAUCCUGACUUCGCUUUUGGUAACACCAAGACGUCGACGUGCAAACUGCCUCGCUUCUGGGAUGACAGUGGUAGGGCUGUCAUGACGGGCGCUGGAGAUGCAAAUAUCUCUUCUGGCGUAUUUGAUAAGCUCUCAUCUCAAACGGAGUGUUACAACAGCGACUUCGAUCAGUAUGGUGACACCGAAGCGUUUGGUGUAUUCCCCGACUGGCAAAGACAGCUAUCAAAGUUCGCAUCUGUGCAAGACAGGUUACGCGAGUGGAAGCCAUCAGUCCUCGACAAACUGAAGCACCUUCACUGUCUCACCAUCUCCAUGCUCGAUAUAGACGGCAUUCGUAUAGAUAAAGCCACGCAAGCCACUGUCGAUGCGUUGGCCGAAUUCAGCGAGUCGAUCCGCGAGUGCGCUAGAGACAACGGCAAACAGAACUUCCUUGUGGCGGGCGAGAUCACCGGAGGCAAUAGCUUUGGCUCUAUCUAUCUUGGCCGCGGAAGAGAAUUUGACCAGAAGAUUGAAGAACUUGCAGAUGCCAUAAAGACCAGUAACGAGUCAGACGACAAGGUGUUUCUCCGUGCGGCUGGUAAGAGUGCCUUGGACGCCUCGGCUUUUCACUACAGCAUUUACCGCUUGCUUCAGCGCUUCCUAGGAAUGGACGGCAAUCUUACUGCCGGCUACGAUCUUCCUAACAAUUUUGUCGAUAGCUGGAACGAGAUGCUGUUAACCAAUGAUCUUGUUAACGCGAAUACUGGAAAGCUCGACCCUAGGCACAUGUAUGGUACAUCUAACCAAGACGUCUUUCGCUGGCCUACCAUAAAGAGCGGAACAGAAAAGAUGCUUCUUGGCCUGUUCAUGACAACGCUUCACAUGCCUGGUAUUCCGUUACUGAACUGGGGUGAGGAACAAGCCUUCUACACGCUCGACAAUACAGCUUCCAACUAUGUCUUUGGGCGCCAGCCUAUCUCCUCUUCUCUCGCGUGGCAAACUCAUGGCUGCUAUAGUCUCGGCGCAGAUAUAUUCUACGACUUCCCUAUCGAAGCAGGUACGAAUGGAUGUAACGACGACAACGUGUCUUUGGACCACAGAGACCCUACACAUCCUGUUCGUAACAUCAUCAAGUCGUUCUACCAUCUCAGGACCAAGAAUUCAAUCCUCAACGAUGGAUGGUCGUUGCAAUCUCUCUCUAACCAGACUCGCCAGAUCUUUCUCCCUGGGUCUAAUGGAGAAGCAACAGAAGUCGGCAUGUGGAGUGUAAUGCGUAAUCAAUUCUACGACGGUGUACAGAACCUUACCGGGUCUGUAACCGCUAAGCCGGCGGUGUGGCUUGUUUAUGGCAACGAGAAUCACACGGUUGAUUACGACUUCGAUUGCUCGUCAAACGAUACCGCUCUCGUUUCGGUGUUCGACGAGGAAGAUGAAGUCAGGAAUCUGCUCAGCCCAUACGACACCUUGACGCUCAAGCGCGGUCCAAAGCAGCUUGGUAUCGACGGUUCUAAGACGUUCAAUGGCUGCCUGGAUAAGCUUACUCUGAAGGCUUGGGACUUCAGAGCUUACGUUCGUAAGGCCGACUGGAUUGAACCUGCCCCUAUGCUUACAAGAUUUGCACCUGGUCACGAUGCGCGUAUCUUAUCCAAGGUCAAACAGGGCGAGAAAGAAUCCGUCGACAUCGAGUUCCAGUUCUCUCAAGAAAUGGACUGUGACUCCAUCACGAAGAACAUUGUGGUGAUCUCAACCACGGCAGACAAAAGCAAUCCUGGAAUUGACACCAAGAGCAUUGUCUGUAGCAAGAUCCAAGAUUCCAGCCCUCCACCUUUCGUUGGUGCUAUCACCUCGGCAUGGAGCUGGAAAGCCACUCUGGUCGAUAUUUCGCAUGGGAUUCACAGUCUGACCGUUCAAAAUGCCUCAACGACUGACGGUGUCUCGACUGGAUCCACGGACCAUGUCUUCUUCCGCAUCGGAGAAGCCGAAAAUCCCAUGGUGUUUCCACGCACUGCCAACUAUAGUACCAACGUGCUCAGUAAAGGUGCAGAUGGAGCUUUGCUUGUGUCGCAUCAAGCUGCUGGAGCUGACAAAUGGCGUUACUCGACCAAUUGGGGCUCUUCUUGGAGCGAUUGGCAGAUCUAUGACGGCAUAAAGGCGACUGUAAAGAAACAGUCUUGGUCAGGCACAAAGCAUCAGAAAUGGAGCGGUGAUCAUAUCAUACUCCAAUACUGGAGCCGCACGACUGGAAGCAGCUCUCACAUGCAGCAUGCUGAUCUCGACCAAAAGCAAGCACCUCGGAGAUUCCCUCAUCUCUACGCGAACGGCAUUUUCAACCAGUUUGGAUUUGACGGUGGUUUGAGAAAUACAUUCAAGCUAUCCGAUGAUACCUGGAAAUUCCAUCUCAUGACCGAAUGGCCACAUCAAGUUCAGGUGAACGUCUGGGGCAUAAAUCCUGAUGGAAAGCCAGAUCAGUCGUUCAUCUAUGGCGACGUAGAUAAUGACACUGUGCUUGAUAGGCUGCCUCCCGACGCUCUAAGCCCUGCCCUGGUCAAUCUGACAGAUUUACCUCCAAGCCCAUACCUGGCCUACAGAAUUAGCAUUGAUGACGCUACUUACAAGUACAAGCUUAUACCUGCUGGCAGUCGGUUCAUUCAAAUCCUCGUCUUCGCCCUGCUAUGGUCUAUCCCUGUUCUCACUGGUGCCAUCAGCAUCUGGACUUAUAUGGGCGCCUUCUAUGGUGUAAAAUUCAACAAGAUUGGUCUCUCUAUGCCUAAAGGCAUGCCUUCAUUCUGGAACCGCCACAAGUUCAGCAAGAUAGCAGAUGACGAUGUCGAAGAAGUGCAAGGUCAUCGCAUGAAGCCGCUCUUCCUAGGUAAAUCUCACCAACGCUACGAUUCUGGCGCUUCUGGCAUUACCAUUGCUUCCGCGGGCAAAGACAAGAGACGCAAGGUCAUUAUCGCCACGAUGGAAUACGACAUCAGUGAUUGGAAUUUGAAGGUCAAGAUCGGUGGCCUUGGAGUAAUGGCCCAGCUCAUGGGCAAAAGUUUGACCCACCAGGACUUAAUCUGGGUCGUUCCAUGUGUAGGAGGCAUCGAAUAUCCGGUAGAUCAGAUCGCGGACCCCAUGAUUGUGACCAUCCUCGGCAGUCCAUACGAGAUCCAAGUGCAAUACCAUCAGCUCGAAAACAUCACCUAUGUCCUUUUAGAUGCGCCAAUUUUCAGACAACAGACCAAGGCUGAGCCUUACCCACCCAGAAUGGAUGAUUUGGACUCAGCCGUCUACUACAGCGCCUGGAACGCCUGUAUUGCUGAGACCAUCAAGAGAUUCGAGCCCGACAUCUACCACAUCAAUGACUACCAUGGAUGUGCGGCACCUCUCUACCUUCUUCCAGAAACUAUCCCCUGCUGUCUCUCUCUUCAUAACGCCGAAUUCCAAGGACUAUGGCCUAUGCGUACUGACCAAGAGCAAGACGAAGUAUCAAGGGUGUACAAUCUCGACAAAGAUAUUAUCCAGAAGUAUGUUCAAUUUGGUGAGGUCUUCAACUUACUUCACGCCGGUGUCAGCUACUUGAGAGUUCACCAGAAGGGCUUCGGCGCUGUUGGUGUGUCCAAUAAAUAUGGUGCUCGAUCAUUUGCUCGCUACCCUAUAUUCUGGGGACUCAAGGAAAUCGGCAAACUCCCCAAUCCUGAUCCGUCCGACACACUUCCCUGGAACCGCGAAGAAGAGGCUAAUCAAGUCAUCACGGUUGACCCAGCAUAUGAAGCCUCGAGAGGUGACCUCCGAAGACAAGCGCAGGAAUGGGCCGGCCUCGAGGUCGAUCCUACAGCCGAGCUCUUCGUGUUUGUCGGCAGGUGGAGCAACCAGAAGGGUGUCGAUCUGAUUGCUGACGUCUUUCCUCACAUCCUGGAGAAGCACAAGAAGGUCCAACUUAUCUGUGUUGGACCUGUGAUUGACUUGUAUGGCAAGUUUGCAGCAUUGAAGCUUGAGGUGAUGAUGAAGAAGUACCCCAAACGUGUUUACUCAAAGCCCGAGUUCACUGCAUUACCUCCUUUCAUCUUCUCCGGUGCUGAAUUUGCCUUGAUCCCUUCCCGAGACGAGCCAUUCGGUCUUGUCGCGGUUGAAUUUGGACGCAAAGGCGCACUCGGUGUUGGUGCUAGGGUUGGUGGACUCGGUCAAAUGCCAGGCUGGUGGUUUACUGUGGAAUCAACAACAACUGCUCAUCUGAUUCACCAAUUCAAGUCUGCUAUAGAGGACGCCCUAGCAGCCAAGACCGAUAUGCGAGCUAUGAUGAGAGCUCGGUCAGCCAAGCAAAGAUUCCCUGUCCAGAAAUGGGUAGAAGAUCUGAACAUACUCCAAAGCACAGCCAUUCGCAUUCACCAACGCGAAGCAAAUUACGGACUACAACCAUCAAGAAGAUCAGUUUCAAACUUCGGAAAUGAAUCCAGCAUCUCUCUGGCCAUGGCGAGAGACCCUAGCCCAAGCGCUGGGUCUGUCUACGAAACACAACCACGCACGAGCCCUUCACCAUCUAACCUGAACCGCACGCUGUCCUUAGGAUCUAGAGCCGGACCGGGCCAUCAUGGCAGGACUCCUCGUGUACAGAUCACUGAUGCAGACAUCUCCGAGGACGAUGAAGAUCCGUUCGGCAGCGAAUACAGCUUGGAAAUGGAGGAGGCGACAAUCUCUCGCGAAGCUGCGGAUAACUACACAAGAGAAUCCGAAAGAGCCGAUGCUUUGGAUCAGCUCGAAGGCCGAGGCAGAGGUGACUCUCUGAGUGCACCACAGCCUGCAUUGGUACCCGGAACUCGUUCAAGGUCACCAAGCCCGGACCCUAGAGAACUCUACAGAGGAAGGAGCCGAAAUCGCAACUCCGAGCCGUAUUUGUCGGUUCAAACAGACGACAGAACUGUCAGAAGAGCAAGCGCGGACAGCCUUCUUCCUGUUGCCGAUCCACGCGAUCGUUCAAGCUCUCGUCUCAGCAACUCCUCAAGAUUGAGUACAUCCUCACAGCUUGACUUGACUACCGUCGUAGGGAGCAAGAAAGACUACAGUCUACAAAAGAUCGAGCUCAACUUUGACGACAAGACUGGCGAAUACUAUCGCGCUUUCGAAACAAUGCUUGAUAAGCUCAACGGCAAGACAUCUGAGAAAGACCUUUGCAUUGAAGAGUAUCUAGUAGACAGCGAGAAGGCCUGGUUCAAGAAAUAUCGCGACGCGAAGCUCGGCAGAGCACACGACCGAGGCUCCUCGGCCAAGUUACACAGUAAUCGAAUGAGUGCCUCACCUCAUGGUUCUGGAAGAUCAUCAGCCGAUGCCGAUGAGCGUACGAGUGUUGGAGAAGGCUCAAUGGAGGACUUCUUGCUCGGAGACAACUACCAACGACCAUCUCUUGUCAAACGCUGGAUGCUCACCCGACUUGGCGAUUGGCCCCUCUAUUCAUUCUUACUUGCGCUUGGGCAGAUUAUGGCUGCGAACAGCUACCAAAUCACGUUGCUAACGGGUGGCGAAGAUCCUAAACCAUCGAUGAUAUACACCAUUGGCGGCAUUUACAUUGCAUCCUCCGUUGUCUGGUGGCUUCUCUUCCGCAGGAUGAAGGCCCGGUUCGUUCUUUCCGUGCCUUUUGUCAUGUAUGGCUUAGCUUUCCUUUUCCUUGGCAUGGCUCCGUUCCUUCCCAAGGGUGCUGGCAGAGAUUGGAUGCGAAAUGUCGCAGAUGGUGUUUAUGCUGCAGCUUCGGCUAGUGGAAGCUUGUACUUUGCUCUCAACUUUGGUGAUGAAGGUGGCUCACCAAUCUCGUCCUGGGUAUAUCGAGCAUGCAUCAUCCAAGGUACACAACAGAUAUACAUCACCGGUCUGUUCUAUUGGGGACGGACUAUCACCAAAGCAACGCCAAAGCAGAAAAUCGAAAAAGAUACACUGUCCUCGUCACCUAUCAUGGCGGCAAUCACACUACCAAUCGCAGCUUUGCUUUGGCUGGUCGCACUUACUCUGUUCACUAGCUUACCUGCCUAUUACCAACAACGUCCCGGCAAGAUACCCAGUUUCUACAAGACUCUCGCUCGACGCAAGCUCAUAUCCUGGUUCUUCGUUGCCGUCAUUCUGCAGAACUACUUCCUGUCGUCUCAGUACGGACGGUCAUGGCAGUACCUGUGGAGCUCAAACUACGCACCUGUAUGGGUGAUCGCAAUACUAGUCCUUGUCUUCUUCAUCAUUGUCUGGGCAUUGAUGCUGUUUGUCUUCAGCAAACUCAGUAAGAGCCACAGCUGGAUUCUACCAAUCUUUGCGAUCGGUCUGCUUGCCCCUCGCUGGACACAGCAAUGGUGGGGCACUUCUGGAUUCGGACUGUGGCUACCUUGGAUGCCUGGUGGUGCUGUAGGCGGCGCCAUAGCUGGAAGAGCUCUUUGGUUGUGGCUGGGCGUCCUAGAUGCCGUGCAAGGUGUCGGCUUUGGUAUGAUGCUGUUGCAGACGCUGACGCGUAUUCACAUCGGCGUCACUCUCAUUUCGGCUCAAGUACUAGGAACAGCAGUCAUGUUGAUUGCGAAAGCGACGGCACCAAAUCGAAAUGGACCUGGAGAUGUGUUCCCAGAUCUGAGUGCUGGUGUGAUCGAGGCGAUCAGCAAACCUUGGUUCUGGAUCGCGUUGGCUUGUCAGCUUGUCAUACCGAUCGGCUUCUUCAAAUUCUUCCGAAAGGAGCAGCUCUCGAAGCCAUGACGAAGUUACCAUUCUUGCGUGAUCUUCUCAUUUUAUCUUGUUCUACAUAGUGCUUGAAUUUGGCGUUCGAAGGAGUACAUGGAUAGACUGCUGAUUAUCACGAGCAAU